CCCUCGCGGGGUUCAGGAGGCGAGACAUGUCGUUUGGCCAGCGGCGGGUGGAGCCGGUCGUUACACCAGCAAGACAGGGAUGUGUUGGCGAGACCACCCCCCGUAGUAUCAUUGCUGGGGCUACCCCCAGUGUGGGUCCCGGGGAACGAUCCGAAUAAUUAAAACACAAGCUACAGGGGGAGGCGAAAGGAGUAGCCCAGGCCAGACUAAACUGCGGCUGGCUUCGGAGCGGGGCCUGCCUGCUUGGCUUGUGGCAUUUCUGCUGGUCAACCCAAAUUCUACUGGCCCAUGAUACAUGUGACAACCAGUCAAUGCUCCAGUGCACUGAGCCGAGCGCAUUGCAGAUGUCUGGCUUGGGGGACGUUAUCAGGCGUGUCACACACAGAACUUUGUACGUUGUAAAGAUAACAUUGACCACUGCAACCCACCUAUAAAACUCAGCCGCGUUAAUCCCUCGUAAGCCUUUGCCUACAGGCAUCCCAAGCGGGCUCCUUAACACGAAGCCUAACAGGGGAGCUUUUUAUGUGCAUUGUAUUAAGGCGAAAGAAGGAAAAAAUCCCCAGCGGGCUCCCCUUUGCCAGCUGCAGUCUGCAGAGAGAAGUGGAAUUUCACCCCCAACCCUGAGGGCUCCGCCUCUAUCCAGCCAGAUCAGAGGCGACGGUUGCGGCUUUACUGCUGGGUCCUAGUGGGUGCUGUGGGGCUUAACUUCAGGCGGUCUCACUUGCCUGGCUCCCCCGAGGCGCUGUGAGAAGUGCCGGUGUGCGGAUCAGGUGGCGGCAGGGCCCGGUUUGAAUCGGGACUCCGAAUACAAAGUGGGGUUCUCACCUGGAAACCAGACUGCCGAGAACGUGUUCAAACUCGGCUGCUCCUGGAGCGGCCAGCGCGGUAACGGGACAGCUUGUUCGAGGCACAACGUGCUGCUUGAAAUAGUCUUUGAUACUUAGGCAAACACGAUCUCCCGAAUACUUGCAGCUGGUACUUGUAAAACGUGGGGAUCGUGGAAGCGGAGGCUUUCCUCUGUAAAAAGAACAGGAGCACUUGGGGCACCUGAUUAGAGACUAACAAAUUUAUUGGAGCAUAAGCUUUCCUGGGCUUUCCUCUGCAGCGUCCCUGGACUUGUGAGGUCGAACUUGUAAGCAAGGACUCAGGAUUUGAGUGGACGGUGGAAAUGUGCCGAUUUAUUUUGGCCACUGUUCUCCUCUCCCUCCUGUGCGGGGCAGGAGGAAGGCAGGGUUUAAAGUACCUUGGGCUGCCGUACACGUUUCACAGGGCUUCUUAUCAGUGUCCCCAGGUGCGCAACCUUUCCAACAGGUUUCAACCCAGCAUUUUUCUAUCUGGUGCAAGUCUUUGAAGCGUGGGGGUGGGGGAACACUACGGUGCUGCAGUCUGCGAAUUGCAAACUCCGUCCCAGUUCUCUCGCCUCGCAGUGCCGGGGAGACGAUAGCGCCUUGCCCCUGAAAAGGGUAUUUAAAGGAGGGACUCGUUACUAAGCGUUCUCCGGGAAGGUGCAGCUACGCGCUUGCUGCUGGACCCUGAGCUUUGCUUAUCUCUUGCUAGGGGUGGCUUGUACUUUAACUGAGGCAGCCUGGGACGGUGAAACAGGCACUAAGACCCAGCAGAGUUGACAGCUGCCUUGUGGUCAAAGGUUCCCAGCGGGAGGUUGGACACUAGAGGGCGAUCCCCAGCCCUGGUGGGGGUGUAUAUAUACCGCAGGCAUCAGACCAAGUCAACCCAUUAGUAACUGAAGGUGAAGGGCGAGGGAGAAAUUCGGACACGCUGGUGGGAGGGGAUCGCCGAGAGCGGGGUAAGCGCUGGCACACGUUGAUUAAAGUGAGAGGCGAAGCCAGGGCGGCUCGCGGCUGACACUCAAGAUCCGCAGGCAGAGGCGCAGGGGGUGUUGGGUCCCUGGGCUCGGAGAGCGUCACUCGGCCGCCUGGGUCCCCUUCGCCACCCCAAACCCUGGAUUCCAGGAGCCCUUCACCAUGCCCGGCAGAGUUUAGAUACUCCAUGGAGCAAGCCAACUUCUACGAGGUCGAUUCCCGGCCGCCGAUGAGCAGCAGCAGCCACCUCCCGACUCCGCAGCCCGGCAGCGCCUACAGCUACAGAGAGGCUCCCUCGGCGGCUACACCUGCUGCGGGAGGCGCGGAGCUGAGCGACAUCUGCGAGAACGAGAACUCCAUCGACAUCAGCGCCUACAUCGACCCGGCCGCCUUCAACGACGAGUUCCUGGCCGACCUCUUCCAGCACAGCAAGCAGCAGGAGAAAGCCAAGGCCAUCCUGGCCGGGGAUUUCGACUUCCACAGCAUGCACGGGGCCAGCGCCGCCGCCUUGGGGCAGGGGCAGCAGCCGCCGCAGCAGCACCACCCCCAGCAGCUCUUCGGCUGCCUGGCCGGCUACACGGACAGCAAGCUGGACCCCCUGUACGAGCGCAUCGCGCCCCCCGGCUUGCGGCCCCUGGUGAUUAAACAGGAGCCCAGGGAGGAAGCGGAGGGCAAGCGGGCGGCUCUGGCUGCCCUCUACCCGCACCUCCCCCAGCAGCAGCACCCGUCCCAUCUCCAGUACCAGAUCGCCCACUGCGCGCAGACCACCAUGCACCUGCAGCCGGGGCACCCCACGCCGCCGCCCACCCCUGUGCCCAGCCCGCACCACCCGCACCACCCGAGCAGCCUGCCCGCCGCCACCGGCGCCCUCAAGAUGAUGCCCGCGGAUCAUCGGGGCAAGACGAAAAAGUCCGUGGACAAGAGCAGCAGCGAGUACCGGGUGCGCCGGGAGCGCAACAACAUCGCGGUGCGCAAGAGCCGGGACAAGGCCAAGCAGCGCAACGCGGAGACGCAGCAGAAGGUGAUGGAGCUCACCAAUGACAAUGACCGGCUGCGCAAGCGGGUGGAGCAGCUCAGCAGGGAGCUGGAGACACUCAGGGGCAUCUUCAGACAGCUGCCGGAGAGCUCCUUGGUCAAGGCCAUGGGCAACUGCGCGUGAGCCCCCCCUCCCCACAGCCCGCCCCUCUCCAAACAAACUCGGACUUUUGCAAACUCUUGGUGCCAUAUUCAGAUCCCUGCCGGGGUCGAGAGCUGCGGUUCAGCUUGUCUCAUGGGGUGGGUUUGGUUUUUAAUUAUUGACCGAUACACGAAUCCAGGCAGCUGUAGUAUUAAACGGUCCGUGCCUUAGGAACGACACGAAUAAGCUGAGAAGAGUGAGCUUUGAAAAGAAAAAGAAAACGCCCACGUGUCUACAGGGUAAAGACAACCCACGCUGUGCCUUAAAAGUUGGUUUCAAACGCCCCGUGGGCUUUCUGUUCACAUCAGCCUGACAGCUGAGCAAACGGGGAGGGGUCCUGCGCUCUUGGUGGGUUUGGGGCAUGAUUGGUACUGGCUGGGGAAACGUGUGUGUCUUCCUCCCUGGGGGGGGUGUCAGAUUGGUGGGGGUCACGGGAAGCUCUGGCAGGAAGAAAAGUGGGUGAGACAUUACAAGCAACUUGGGGAGAAUGUAUGUGCCUGUUUCGCUCGUUGAUCAGUCGGUGAGUGAAAGCUGAGUGCAAUCCAGACUCUGUGCCUGUCACUGCUGCUGCCUUUCGGAUGAAUCUCUCCCAUUCCUUUGUACGUGGGGGAAGGGUUGGUGGACUCUGGGGGCAAUGCAAACAGAUCGUUUCCUCCCCCCUCCCCCAUUGUUAGAGGAGACCUGUUGGACAGGAAUCCAGGACUGAAAGGGAGCAGGCUACAGCACCUAGCGAAGGAAUCCUUAAUAUUCUCCUCUAACCAAAACGAGGAGCAGCAGUGCCUGUACUGUAUGUCGUGACAUGGCGAAGCACAAAACAGUAAAUACCUAUCGAUGCGGGUGUUUACUCGAACGUUCAGUGUAUCUGGCUUUGUUCGAGGAUAUUAAGCGCCUCUCCAAGGCUGUCACUUCUGUCCAAGCUGUGCCUCAUGCAAUGUGAUACCCGUCUGUGUAUACUAGCCACACUUGAUUUUAUUGUAUUGCUUAGGUCCUUGCCAUCACCACUUUCUUAUCUGGUGGCAGAGAGAUCAUGCCCUUGUGCUGGAGCAUUUUUGGUUAUGGCUUCCUUAGGGGGCAGGAUGCCUCCUAAUAACCCCAAAGUCUCUGCCUCAGAGGUGUCUGGGAUUUGAUUACCUUGGGAGUGGGGGCUAGGUCACAUCCAGUGUCUGGGAUUUGAUUACCUUUGGGGUGGGGUGGGGGGAAGAUGGUGCUGCUAGUUAACUGCAGUCCUCUGGAUCCUCCCAAGGGAGAGGGAAACAGGAAACCAACCCACUGCUAGCGAGCACUUUUAACCAGCCGGUGCUUUUCCUUAUAACAUGAGAGAGAGAGAGAAAAAAAAUAAGAGGAGUCCAUUUCAAAUAUGGGUAAUUGGAGAAAAGUGCAAGGUGAAGGAGUUAAUGUUGUUUGCAAGUGUGAUAUCUGGAAAGCUAUGUUGCCUGCGUGCUUGUGUGUGUGUAUGUGUGUGUGUAUGUGUGUAUAGAUAUCUAUAUCGAUAUCUCUCUAUCUAAUCAUCUAUCUAUACACACACACACACAAUGGUGAAUUAUGAACCCGAAAAAACUGCAUAUAAAGUUUGUCGAAAUCCUGGUUACAUUCAUAAAUAAACAGUAUAUAUUCUA